AUUACUCCAAUACUCACACCUUCCUCUCUUCUUCCAAUCAACUAAUGUGCGUUCCAAAAUCAGGAUUGUGUACAACGCGGAGAUCUCGAGACGCAAUAAAUAAUCCACUGAGUUAUGAACAUUCUGAACAUUGGAACAAGAUGGCGAAUUCUAAUUUCCGAUCGGAGGUUUUUGAGAAUCGUGUCCAUGUGUGGGUACUUCCAUUGAGCCUGUCGCAAUCAUAUUAUGGUGACCGGGAUAGUAACUCAUCUGCUUGCACAUUAAUCACUGUUCAGAUAGCUCACGACUUUUUGAGCCAAAACAUCUCUAUUCCAUCUCCAAAUUCUUUGAAACCUCAAGAUCUUCCACUCGGAGUCCUCGGCGUUCUUAUCAACGGAAUAGUUGAUGGGAAUGAAACUCACGAAAAGGCUAUGGCAGUUCAACCACGAGGAUUCUUUGAUUUUAUGAAAAAGAAAGAGAAGCAGUCUGAAGACCGCCGGAAGGGAUUUUUCACUGUGCCAGACGCGAUUCAAGUUCAGCGGCUCAAGAUGCACGAGAUUGACUACCGUUCCUAUUCGGGAGACUUUAUCAGCAAUCUCGUCACAGUUAUGUCUAUGGCUGUAACUAGUCCAUAUCUCUCUAAACUCGACAGGUUGCCCAUUGUGGUGAGUGCCUGUAAAAGAGCAAUGUGUUUUAUCUACGAUCGUCCGACAAACUCGAUAAUUCUUCUUGAUACUCAUAUGCAUUUCAAACGAAGAGCUGUUAGUGUUCUCUGUGUUGCAUCAUUUGAAGAAAUAACUGAUUUUAUUGUUUCGGUAACUGAGAUCGUUUUCCCAAAAAUAUUCGAAUCUGCGGAUGCUGCUGGUAAAUUCGAAAUCACAUGUCUGAUGCUUACGAGUCUGAUGAGCAAGGUCUACAAAAACGACAUUUUUCUUCCAAUCAAAUCGGUGUGCGAAUAGUUUCAGAAACAUUGCGUUGAGAUAACGAAACGAGACUUUAAACAAUUUUUUGAAUAAAUUCUUAACGAUUGAAA